GAUUUAAGCACCAUGAAAUAUGAUGGUAGUUGUGGAGUUCAAGAGCAUAUUUUGAACAUGUAUGAUAAAGCUGCAAUUCUUGCAACCUUGGGAAUUCAAGUGAAUGAGUCUUUCCUUAUUCAAGCUAUACUUAAUUCACUUCCAGCACAGUUUGGCCUAUUCAAAAUUCACUGUAAUACCCAUAAGAAAGAGUGGAGUUUGAAUGAGCUAACAAACUUGUGUGUUUAUGAGGAGGUGAGAUUGAGAAAGGAAAGGCGUUACACUGCAUUGGCUGUGACUCAAUUUGCUAUGAAGGAAAAGGGUAAAGUGAGAAAAUAUUCACCAAUAAAAGUCAAUGAAUCUGAGAAAAGUAGUCAGACUCAUAAUGGUUUCACUGUCAAGGGUCACUUUUGUGGCAAUAAGGGAUAUGUGAAGGAGGACUGCAACAAGCGUAAGGCUUGGUUCGAAAAGAAGGGGAUACCUUUCAACCUAGAAACCGGAGGAAAGUGAGAGAUUUGUCUUUAUGGGGAACCGUCUCAAGGCUGAAGUGGUAGCUGUUGGUACUUAUCGCUUUGUUUUAGAGACGGGUCAUCAAAUAGAUCUUGAAGACACUUUUUAUAUUCCCUCUAUUUCUAGGAAUUUGAUUUAUUUAUCUAGAUUAGAUUGUUCUGGAUAUUCAGUUUCAUUUGGUUGUCGAAAACUCAAAUUGAUGUUUAAUUCAAUAAUGGUUGGUUCUGGUGAUUUA